UUUCCUUCCUCAUGAAGGCGCCGCGCCGGCGUGGGGGCAUCGAUCGCCGCGCCGGUGAUUCGGCGCACCGCCCUGCCCUGCCCGCCCAGCGGAUUCGGUGCGGCAGACGUACGCGGACAGCCGGACCCGGACGCGAUGUGAAGUGCGAACCCCAAAAAUAUUCCACUUGUCUUCCCCCCUCGUCGACCCACAGAACCUUCGACUCGUCGCCACUGGAGAAGUGGCUGGCUACCUCCGAUUCAGCACGUAAAGAAAGCAAACCGCCCGCAGUUCCGUUCCGCAAGACCAGAUCGCCCGCUUUUCUCCUCCGGUCCUCUCCUCCCUCCCCUCUCCCCUGAGCCCUGAUCGAAUCGAUCCACGGUGCCGGCGGACGCCUCGACCCCUCCAGUUCCAUCCAAUCCGCCAGUGAACAGAUGGCGUCGCAGUGGGCUGCUCCGCCGCCGGGCUACCCGGCCGGGCACGGGCAGGCGUACGGCGACCAGCAGCUGGCCACGCCGCCGCCUCAGGCAGCGACGGCCGUGGCCGUGACGGCGGCGAGCAACGGCGUGGGCAACCCCUACGUCGUCGUCACCCCCGCGUCUGCCGCACCGUCCACCUGCCAGACCGUCAGGAAGGCGCUGGGCCGCUACGGCAAGCUGCUCGAGGACGGAACCCGCAAGGCCGCCGACGCCACCGGCAACAUCUGGCACCACCUCCGGACGGCGCCGAACAUGGCGGACGCGGCGGUGGCGCGGCUGACGCAGGGGACCAAGGUGUACGCGGAGGGCGGCCACGACAGGGUGUUCUACCAGACGUUCGGCGCCAUGCCCGGGGAGCAGCUCCGCAAGGCCUACGCCUGCUACCUCUCCACCUCCUCGGGGCCCGUCAUCGGCACGCUCUACCUCUCCACGGCGCGCCUCGCCUUCUGCAGCGACAGCCCGCUCUGCUACCAGGGCCCUGCCGGCCAGCCGCACGAGUGCAUGUACUACAAGGUGGUGCUUCCUCUGAGCCAGGUGACAUCCGUGAACCCUUCUUCCAGCAUGCGCAACCGGGCAGAAAGGUACAUUCAGAUCAGGACCAUGGAUAACCACGAGUUCUGGUUCAUGGGGUUCGUGAACUACGACAAGGCCCUCAAGAAUCUCUACGAGGCCCUGCAGCACCGCGAUGUCAGCGCCCACCAGCGCUGCUGAUGCUGAUCAGGCUUGGGUUAGGUCCGACAGUCCUACUGCUACUUAUUUCGUCCAUGAUGAACUGUGAUACCUUUAUCUCAUCUGAUGUUCUUGAUGAAUAAGAGAACCACCG